AUGGACACUUUAGAAACAGCAAUACGACUUAUGACUCCUUGUUGCUUUAUGACGUCAAUUGAUCUCAAAGAUGCAUAUUAUUCAGUUCCUAUCGCAGCUGAGUAUCAAAAAUAUCUAAAAUUUUUGAGGCGAGAUCAGUUAUACGCUUUUACUUGUCUUCCUAUGAGGCUUACCAGCAGUCCUAGGAUAUUUACCAAAAUCUUGAAGCCAGUGUUUGCGACAUUACGUAGUAAAUUUGGACAUUCAUGUCUAGGUUACAUUGACGAUUCUCUCAAUUUGGGGGAUACUUACACAGAGGCUGAGAAAGCCACUCUGCAUGCUGUUGAAUUACUGAUUUCGCAGGGGUUUAUGAUUCAUCCAGAGAAGUCCAUUAUUACGCCUACACAAAUUAUUGAACUUUUAGGUUUUGUUUUAAAUUCUAUUCUUAUGAUUGUCAAACGAACUGACAGGAAAGCUGAAAAAAUAACGAAACUUUGUAUUCAUUUUUGUCAUAAGGGUAAAGCAUUUACAAUUCGGGAAGUAGCGUCCUUAAUUGGAUCGCUAAUUUCAAGUUGCCCAGGGGUUGGAUAUGGCCGCCUUCAUUACCGCAAUAUAGAGCGGGAUAAAAUAAAUGCUUUAAAGUCACAGAAGGGCAAUUUUGAAGCUAAAAUGUCCUUGUCGCAUGAAAGUCUAGAAGAUCUUGCAUGGUGGAUACAAAAUGUUAAGUUUCAACAUCGGAAUAUACAGCAUGGUUCCCCAAACACGGUUCUUUUUACAGAUGCAUCCCAACUAGAAUGGUGGGCGAAAAUUCAAGAUGGUAGGUGUACAAAUGGGAUAUGGACAGCAUCAGAAGCUGCAAUGCAUAUAAAUAUAUUGAAAUUAUUAGCAGUAAAGUUUUCUUUAAUGUCUCUUCUAGCUGAUCAGACUAAUACUCAUAUCCGAAUCAUGUCCGAUAAUACAACAGUUGUUUGUUACAUUAAUAACAUGGGGGGUUCUAAGUCAACUGAAUGUGAUCGUUUGUCCAAAGCCAUUUGGUAUUGGACAAUAGAUCGAAACAUAUGGCUUUCAGCAGCGCAUGUGCCAGGGGCACAAAAU